AAUGUUCCUCAAGUUGUGUCUCCUUGCCUCAGCUCUGCUGAUCUCCACUCACCAAACCGAAGCAAAAACAGACAAAAUCCUUUGCUUCUUCGCCAGCUGGGCCGGCUACCGCAACGGCGAAGGCUCCUUCAAGCCCCAGAACAUCAACGCCAACCUCUGCACCCACGUGCACUACGCCUUCCUGGGCGUCAACUCCGACGGCACUCUCAAAAUCCUCGACUCCUGGAACGAGAUCGACUUGCACGGGCUCGAAAACGUGGCCAAUUUGAAGAGUGUCAACCCUGACUUGAAGGUCCUGAUCAGUAUCGGGGGCUGGAACGCUGGAAAUGCCAUUCUGAACGGAAUCGUCGCCUCGAGCAAACUUAGAGCAAGUCUGAUCUCGAGCUGUUUGUCAUUUUUCAGUCAAUGGGGAUACGAUGGGAUCGACAUCGAUUGGGAAUACCCAGCAAACGCUGACAAGGAGAACUUUGUCAAGCUUUUGCAAGAGAUGAAACAAGCGUUCGGCUCGAAAUACGUCCUGUCGGUGACGGUGUCGGCCAAUCCGCUGCCUUCCUACGACAUUCCGGAGAUUAACAAAGUCGUUGACUUUAUUAACAUCAUGAGCUACGACUACCACACGGCCGACCAGCCCCAGACGGGGCUCAACGCCCCCCUUUACGGCAAUUCAAUGAGUGUGGACAGCUCCGUGCAAAGUUGGCUCAGUGGAGGGGCCUCAGCCUCCAAAGUCACCCUAAGUGUGCCCUUCUACGGCCACUCUUGGUACCUCCAAUCCACCAGUAACCACGACGUGGGGGCCCCCGCCACCACCGGAAUCGCCGGCCCCUUCACCCAAAGCCCCGGAGUUUUGGGUUUCAACGAAAUUUGCUCGUUUUACAGCGACUGGACCCGAGUAUGGCUCGAUGACGCUCAAGUCCCUUACAAGUACGAUGGGACCAAUUGGGUGAGCUAUGAUGAUGAGCAGUCGAUCGGUUUGAAGGCGAAAUAUGCAAAGGAUAAUGGGUUGGCUGGGGUUGCAGUUUGGUCCAUUGAUACGGACGAUUUCUUGGGCUCGUGUGGUACUAAAGAUGCCCUACUUCAAGCCAUCAAGAAUAAUAUUGAUUGAAUAAAGUGUAAAUUUGGUUGAAUAAAGUUGAGUCUGAGAUUA